CGGAGCAGACGGUCGCAUCGCCCGACGCAGGCCGCGCAUCUCACAGUCACUGGAAGCGCAAGGUCACUUCCGGUGCCGCUUCCGGUGCGUGCUGACCACGCCGCGGCGUGAGUGACCAGUGUCCCGGCGGCCCUCGACAGACAUGCAGAAGCGCCCCGCUGCCUGGCUGCUGCUGCUGGUCGCCGCCUUCCAGGUGGCGGCCGGUGCGAGCAUCGCCAAGCGGUCCCUGUCGGCCUUGGCGCGGACCUCCCAGCUGCCCAACUCCUCCACGGCGCCCGCCGACCAGGCCGGCCACGACCAGGACCACCCCGGCGCGCACAGCGGCCAGGCGCAGAACGACAAGCGGUCCAUGCUGCAGGAGGAGGCCAUCCGCGAGGAGCUUCUCCGGCAGCACGCGGUCCCGGCCACCGAGGCGCUCCUGUCCGCCAUCAUGGCCGCCGAGCGCUACGGCAGCGAGCCCAACGGCGUGGAGGAGAAGCGCUCGGUGUCCUCGCUGGCCCGCUACGGCAACCUGCCCGCCUCCCCUGCUGAGAAGCGAUCGCUGGAGGCGCUGGCCCGCGGUGGCCUGCUCAACAAGAACUCCCGCGUCGAGUCCAGCAAGCGCAGCGUGUCCACGCUGGCGCGCGCGGGCGAGCUGCCGGGCAAGCGGUGGAUGCCCCCGCAUCAGCGCGAGUACCCCCACGACCUCAUUGACGUCCUCCAGCGCGAGCUGGAGGAGGAGAAGCGCAGUCUGUCCUCGCUGGCCAAGUCUGGCGGCAUCACGCGGCCCGCCGAGAGCCUUUCCUUCCCCAUGUCCGCGGCGGAGCAGCAGAUGAAACGCAGCCUGGAGUCCCUCGCCCGCAACUGGAACCUUCCUGAGAAGCGCAGCCUGGAGUCCCUCGCCCGCAACUGGAACCUUCCUGAGAAGCGCAGCCUGGAGUCCCUCGCCCGCAACUGGAACCUUCCUGAGAAGCGCAGCCUGGAGUCCCUCGCCCGCAACUGGAACCUGCCGGAGAAGCGCAGCCUGGAGUCCUUGGCGCGCACCUGGAACAAGCCGGCCAAGCGCAGCCCGCCGUACGGCGCCUUCGACGAGGACGACUUCUACGCCAUCAAGCGCAACGCCGCCGCGCUGCUGCGCCAGUCCAAGCUCUCCACCGGCAGCGACGGCCCGGACGACUCGCAGCGCCACGAGGAGACGGAGCGGCAUGACCAGGGCCGCAGGAAGCGCUCCCUGUGGGACGAGGAGGUCGGCGAGGUGGUGGCGCCCUACGCGCAGAGCGCCGAGCAGGACUGGGACGCGGCGCCAGCGUGGUCGCCCGCCGCCGCCUGGGCCGCCUACCUGGCCAGCUACGGCGACGAGGCCACCGAGGCCGCCCCGAUGCAGAAGCGCUUCCUCGGCUCGGUGGCGCGGACCUGGGGGCCGAGUGCGUGGCGACCCGCCAGCCCGCUCAGCGCGGCCAGCACCGCCGCCGGCCGCGGUGACGUCCGUGGUGUCGACGCCGGCCUCUCCAAGCGCCACAUCGGCACCCUGGCGCGCAGCGGGAUGCUCCCCGCCUUCCGCAGCCUGCGCUACGCGCGCUCCGGCCGCGCCGUCGUCGACGAGGGGCAGCCCUUGGACCAGCCCGCCGCCCUCAACAGCAGCGCGGCCAGGUUGGGCAGGUUCGGCCCGGUCAGGUACCGGCGGGUCUGCUACUACCGGGAGGAUCCCGAAUAUGGGACGCCAUCGACAAAAGACUAACGAGGACAGCAGCCCCAGGAGGCGGCGUCCCCAUUAGGCUCGCCGCGCUGCGCGCCACGCAGGGGGACCGGUCCGGCCAGGGAGGAUCCCAGCGCAGGGGCCGCCACGUCGCCUCCGCCACGGCCUCCGGCGCGGCCUCCACCGCGGCCGCCGUGCUGCUGCCGCUGGCCGCCGCCGUCGCGCUCCUCCGCGGAGUGGGCUCCAUGGAGUAGCGCCACCGCCCCGUCACCGCCAUCGCUCCUUGAGUUUUUGUUGUUUUUGUUUUGAAAAAUGUAGCGAGGUUCAGUGUAUCUGAAUGAGUCGAAUGUAUCUCCUCUGAAUUUCGGUAAAGAUGCCCAGCACUAGUUUUUGUCGCUGAGUAUAGUAUAAGGCCCAAACUUGGACUUUGCCUAAGUUUUUUUGCAGAAUGUUUCUCCACGUGGAUCGCUACUCUAUGCACGGAGCUCCACUUCUCGGUGGAACAACGGAGCGCGCUUCGCAGCGGCCUCUUCCUUUGUGUGCCUCGCGAUGCUGUUUUGUUAGGUAGUUGUCGAUUGCCUAGGACGCUUGCCUGUUAGGCGCUCUCAAUGGGAAAAUGGGCGCCUGUUGUGUAUCCCAGCUUAUUCGUAUAGUUUUUAAAAUAGUCAACGAAAUUCCAAAGAAAUACGACGAAUUUUACGAAAAGGCUAGCUAAAUGCGUAGACCAGUUUGCGAAGAAAGAAUGUUAUCCUCUUUUAAAGAGGAUAAACAGAUUUAUAGAUUUUCGGGGUAUUUGAGUUCCCCUUCUUAAGACAACCGACUGUUGGUUCUGUCACUAGUGUAGUCGUAAAAACGAACAGCGCGUUUGCAUACGGGUCGCCAGGUUGGCAGCGCACACAGUCAGCCUAGUGGCUGGAAACGCAGUGGGGCGCGGCCAUGGGUGGCGAAUUCAAGGCUUGAGCUCACAGUUCUGCGUAAUCUUCGAGUUGUAAAUUCGAUGCCUUCUUUUAUCUGUUCUGUGUUUUAGUCGCGUCUAAUUUUCUCAAAAUAUUGCUUGAAUUAUAUUCUUAAAGUAACGAAUACUGCGUUCGAGAUUAGUGGAAAUGUAGUUGUAUUUCCAAGAUACUGCUCUAUGACAAUAAGUCUCCUAUCUUUAUUUUACAGUGAGCAUGUAAUUUUUGUAGAACUAAUAAGACAAUAACUAUGACGAUAAGGAUAACUAAACGAAUGUGAAAAUGUUUGGAUGAAAUUGUCUGGAGACGGCAAUUGCCCUGAACUUGAGAGGUGGAACGUUAGUUGCGUCACCAGCGACUUCUGUUUGUAAACUUUGAAACACGACAAUAAAACUUAAAGAAAAACGACA